ACUUUCUUCAUGUACAGGCGCCAUGUUUGUUGACAUUUGUAGUUACGCACACUCACACACAAACACACUCAAACACAAGCUAGCUCUCUCUAUCUCUCUCUCUCUUUCUUUCAUAACACACACACUGACACUUACACUCCGACACACCCUGGCGCGCGCACUCGCACACACACUCACCCGCGCGCUGCUCUGCGUCUUCACUCCGCGCGCGUUUAUCAUGGCCAGUAAAAGCUCCGGGUUGCCCAGUAAAGAGCAGGCUCUCCGUGGCAGAGACACCAGCAUGGCGGUGGCAGGCAAGCAUGCAGCCACAGGCCGUCCCACAGUGGAGCCGUUCCCAGACGGCAUGGAGAUGAUCAUGUUCGGUAUGGGCUGUUUUUGGGGAGCAGAGAGGCGCUUCUGGAAAAUUCCAGGAGUGUUUUCCACUCAGGUCGGAUAUGCAGGAGGGUUUACUCCAAACCCGACCUACCAGGAGGUGUGUUCAGGUUUGACUGGUCAUACGGAGGUAGUGAGAGUUGUCUACCCCAGUAAAGACGUGAGCCUGGAGACACUCUUCAAGGUGUUUUGGGAGAGUCAUGACCCAACUCAAGGUAUGGCUCAGGGGAAUGAUAAAGGGACGCAGUAUCGCUCUUCUAUCUACACAUACACUCCAGAUCAGCAGAAGCUGGCCCUGAAGAGCAAAGAGGCCUACCAGAAGGCUCUAAAGCAGAAGGGUCUGGGUGAGAUCACAACAGAGAUCCGGGAGAAUGUUGUGUUCUACUAUGCAGAGGAUUAUCACCAGCAGUAUCUGCACAAGGUUCCUAACGGUUACUGUGGGUUAAAGGGCACGGGGGUCACCUGCUCCUUCAGUUUGGGCAAAGACGAACUUUGACCCCACAGUGAGCAUUGAGUUAUAUGCAAAAAAUACAGUCAUAUGCAGUUUAACCAGAGGUGCCCAAACCUUUGCACAAGACUGUACCUAAUAGAAGUUAAUUACGGUAACAUAACCUCUAUAAUUGUAAUAAUGAUUAAUAGUGGUCUUAUUCCAGUAAAAGUGUAAUUACAUUAAUCACAACAAUGUUCUGUGUUUAAGCAUGAGUAGUCACAAGGUAAAAAUGCUUGCGUUUGUAUUUUUGAGACCAAGAUAUAAGAAAUAAAUGAAUAAUGCUGUAGCCAUUACAAACUGUCUAAAGUAAACAUUUUACAUUUUAUUAGAAUAUCUUGAUGUAGUUUGGAUGAUGUAGAAUCUCUUAAUGAGCCAAAGGUUUUUGAGAGCAUUAGCAUCAAUCACGACAAAGCUAAGACGCAGAAGCCUUAAUGGAGGAAAUGGCGUUGAACCAGUUAAAUCACUUCUACUCUUAUAUACGACUUAUAAACGGAUAAACAAGGAUUUAGCAGGUAGGAGAGGAAACAUGGAUAAAUUAUGCUUUACAGGAGCUGUGUGUGUGUCUCUAUGUGUAUGUAAAAGAAAGAGAGCGAGAGAAAGAGUGAGAGAGGUAGUAGAAGUAGAAGAAUGAAAAGAGAGAGGUGGGGUAAGAGAGUAAGAUUUAAAUACUGCUGUAAAAAGAGUGAAUUAUGUGAGGAAAUUUGCGAAAAUAAAAAAAAAUUAAAAAAAUAAAUAAAAUGAAUUACUACAAUAAGAUUACAGAUUAAUAACAUGCAUCAACACUUUAACCUUGACAGCACUAAUAUUAGCCCUUUACUGUUUAUAUUUUGAAUAUAAAAUUUAUUUUUGAUCCAUACAUAUUGUAAAGUUGUACAUUAAUCAAAGCUGUAUAGUUUUAAUAAUUUCUUUGUAUCCAUAUGUAUGUGGAUGCAUGACCCUUUAGCAUUCUUCUCAUAUCAAGGAUAUUAGAUGUUUCCUUCUUUGCUGGAAAGGCUUUUUACUAUUUGCAGGACACUUAGGCCCAAUUCCCCCUUUUUUCGAGUGUUACCCUUCCCCUUGGAACAGAGUUAAAUCCACCCCUAAGAAUUGAAAAAACCCUUAAAGCACCCGAUAUGUCAUCAGGAGCACUAAAGUUCAGUAACCGAGCUGCUGCUGCAGGUUAACUAGUUACCUUUAGGGCAUUGUAUGUCUUUAGAAAAAGCCAAGAUGAUGCAGAAAUGAAUUAUUAUUGUCCGUUUCUUAAUUUCUCUGUGAUGGGGAGCUGAAAUGAGCAUUGAUUAGCUUUUAUUUUAUUUAAUUUUUCUGUUGUGCCUUAAAUGCUGCAGCCCCUGCCAUCUGUUGCACCAUUUAAGGUGGAACAGGAAAGUUAGCUAGCUUGCUAGCUACUGAGACAAACUAGCAUUCUUUUUUAUGCUUGUAAUAAAGAAUUCAAGCAAUAAAACAUUGAAACUACACAUUAAACUUUGUUAACUAUGGUAGUGCUAAUUGUCACUUUUAACAAGGAAAAUACUUACAUUUGUGGGUUUCUUUGGUCGCUGGUUUGUCCAUCUUAUCAGUGAUUCUCAUACACCUAGGUUUAAAGUGUGCCUCUGAAAAAUCUCUGUAUGAAGGCUAACAAGCCAUAUCCCUUCCCCCUAACCUACCCCUCCAGCCUAAAGAGAAUCGGGACACCCUACCCUUCGGCGUGCACACACAACAGAGGGGUAGGGCCAAGGUCUGAAAUGAGAUUGGGCCUUGCUGUGUGGGGGGAACUUGAAUAAAUUCAGCUUCACAAGAACAUGGGUGUUCAGGAAAAAGGACAGCUUAUGAUGGAUUAGGUGAUAUUGGUCUAAUAUAUUAAUCUGAUUGUUUAAACAGAUUUUAGAAGAAGCACUAUGUAAAAAUUUUUGUUUUCAAAAAUAUAUUCAAUAAAUGAUCACUCUCAGUAACAAAAGAAUCCCUUGUUUUUUUAUUUAAUUUCUUUUUAAUUGUACUAAUGCCACUUAAAUGAAACACACAUCUCACAGGCCACUUUAUUGGAAUCGCCCCUCCCCCCAAAAUCUACUUACAUCUACUUGCUGAUCUCAUCAUUAGGAAACCUAACUUGAAUGAGUUUGUGUGAGUGUCACUAGGUGGCAGCAGAAACUGAUGGAGUGUAUUAAACUCCGGCAGAGUGAAGCUAAUGACCAGGCUGUGUUAUGAUGACAGUAGAGUGAAAUGCAUUGAAACGCUUCUGUAUGCACACACACAGACACACAAAUGCACAUAUGUGUGUACAACAAUUAAACACUUGCAUACACAUUUUACUGUAAAGUUUUGUAAAGUUUAUAAACAAAAUGAAUAAUAAAGGUAAUGAUGUAAAAAUUUUGAACAAAAAAUAAACUUAAUUUUUUAUUGUUUGAAAGAA